GAAGAAAGGGGGCGGGGUUGAGGGGGGCGGGCCUGGACCUGGGGAGUGAAAGCGAAAGCCCGGGCGACUAGCCGGGAGACCAGAGAUCUAGCGACUGAAGCAGCAUGGCCAAGCCGUGUGGGGUGCGCCUGAGCGGGGAAGCCCGCAAACAGGUGGAGGUCUUCAGGCAGAAUCUUUUCCAGGAGGCUGAGGAAUUCCUCUACAGAUUCUUGCCACAGAAAAUCAUAUACCUGAAUCAGCUCUUGCAAGAGGACUCCCUCAAUGUGGCUGACCUGACUUCCCUCCGGGCCCCACUGGACAUCCCCAUCCCAGACCCUCCACCCAAGGAUGAUGAGAUGGAAACAGAUAAGCAGGAGAAGAAAGAAGUCCCUAAGUGUGGAUUUCUCCCUGGGAAUGAGAAAGUCCUGUCCCUGCUUGCCCUGGUUAAGCCAGAAGUCUGGACUCUCAAAGAGAAAUGCAUUCUGGUGAUUACAUGGAUCCAGCACCUGAUCCCCAAGAUUGAAGAUGGAAAUGAUUUUGGGGUAGCAAUCCAGGUACUUCUCAGAACGUGGGGAUGCUGUGGCCAAGGCCUCCAAGGAGACUCAUGUAGUGAGUGGAUAGUCCACCAGCCUUUUAGCUGGAGGUGGGACGAGGAGAUGGAUUACCGGGCCUUGGUGCAUGAGCGAGAUGAGGCAGCCUAUGGGGAGCUCAGGGCCAUGGUGCUGGACCUGAGGGCCUUCUAUGCCGAGCUUUAUCAUAUCAUCAGCAGCAACCUGGAGAAAAUUGUCAACCCGAAGGGUGAAGAGAAGCCAUCUAUGUACUGAACCCAGGACUAGAAGGAAAAUAAAUGAUCUAUAUGUUGUAUGGA